AUGGGUAUCAACAACAAAAACAUUAUUUUUUCCACAAAGACCUUGACCUGCCAAUUAUCAUAGAGGACAGCAGUCGUAUUUCUCAUCGCAUUACAAACAGAAUACUUAAAAUACUUUUAGAGAAAGUAGCAGGAUAUCAAAGUGUAAAGUUGUAUCGCUGUGAUGUAUAUGACAACCAGAAUAUUACAGCCAUCUUGGAUAGGGUGGCAGGAAUAACCAAAUCAAAUCACUGUGAACGCCCCAGACCCAACAACAAUGGUGUGCCGGACACUAUGGUCAACCUGGAGACGUGGAUGGUGGCUGGAUUUAAUAAAGGACCUUGGCUGGACACAGGAAAGCUGCUGGACGCUGGGCCACUGGGGCCUCAGGGAAGAAUGGGCUGGUUUGUUCCAACUUCUGUUGUGGACUCGAUGUGGAAGAAGAACAAAAUUGUUGUUGACCAUUGGAAAGCUUUUGAAAAACAGAACAUAGCCAGAAAGUUCUCUUGGUGGGGGAAGGAGAAGCUACAGGAAACCAAACCUGACUACCAGUCUCAUGCCUAUCUCAACAAGAUUUGUCAGAUAAAUCCUAAUCAAAAGCAAAGAAACUGUGCCACGCUGUUCGCAUCUUAUCUAGGUGUAGAUGCUGGCGUGCUGCGGUCACAAAUAGAGGCACUGAAUCUCCGAGUUGAUAUUGUCUGGCUGGAAAACAAGCACCACACUUUUAUCAAAGAACUGGAUCCCACUCUACCAGUCCUUUUCUUCACCUGGCAUCCCAGUAGUUUGUUAGCAUCCGGUAACUACACCAGAGUUCACUUACCAGAGACUCACUCACCACAUAAGGAUAGCCCAAGUGACUGCGACUUUCCUGUCAACCAGCUGACUAAAGUUCUGUGGGAACCAAUCAAGUCUGGGGCACCAGAGGCCUAUCACAUCAUCUCCAAGCUCAGCUUCUCAGACCUGGAGUACGACGCCCUCAUAGCACAGCAUCCAACCUACAGCGAGGAUGAAAUCGCCUGUGAUUGGGUAAAUGCUAAUAAGGAGAAGUGGGACAGAUGGCUGCCUGAGACUUUGAAAGAGAAAACUAAAAUCUACAUUGGUGGGUUGUUUCCCUUGAGUGGGAAAUCUUGGGCUCAGCCAGGACUUAAAGAAGGUGCCAGUUUGGCUGUUGAAUUGGUAAACAAAGAUAAAUCCACACUUUCUGAUUACAAUCUUACUUUAAUCAUUGAGGAUACCAAAUGUGACUAUGAUCUAGCUAUGAGCGAGUUCAUUUCCUUGACCCAGAGGUCACCACCCAUUGCGGCCAUAUUAGGCACUGGCUGCUCAGACCCAGCAGAGAGAAUAGCUGCCCUUUCAAAACAUUUCAACAUCCUGAUGGUCAGCUUUGGGGCUGAGGCGCACGUCUUAUCAGACCAGGACAAAUAUCCGUACUUUUUCCGUACUGUCCCUCCUGUACAUCAUUACAUUGAGGUAUAUGUUGAGCUCUUCAAACGAAUGGGUUGGAAAAUGAUUGGGGCAAUAGCAGAAGAUGGGCAGAAGCUACCUGAGUAUCACCUGAUUUUACAGAAAAAGCUCCAAUACGAGGACAUAUCUUUAACUGUCAGACGUAAAUUUUCUAACAGUUCAAAUACACCAGACAUAGCUCAGAUUUUAAAAGAAUUUAAGGUUCAAAAUGUUCGUGUAAUAAUUGCAGAUGUAUUUAGUUAUGUCGCUAGAGAAAUUCUUUGCGAGGCUUAUAAACAAAAAAUGACAGCGUAUGAUGGUUAUGUUUGGUUCCUACCUUCCUGGUACACAAAAGACUGGUACGAUGUAGAUUUUUAUAAUCACCCAUCAAGUUCCAGAGAAGCUGAUACUCUGAAGGAGAAUGUGCCCUGUACCACAGCAGAGAUGGAAUAUGCCACAGCAGGUUAUUUUGUACUUCACAAGACAAAUUUAGCACCACCACAGACCAUGGUGGUAGGGAAUAUCACUCUUGAUGAAUACAACCAGCUGUAUGAAAAGAGAUUUGGCACAUUAUAUGAUAAAAGUAAAUAUGCCAGCUAUGUGUACGAUGCUGUUUGGGUUUUGGCUAAAGGUCUGGAUGCACUGCUGAAAUCAAAUCAUGGCGCUCUUGAAACCAUACAUACUCCUAAAACUGCCAGUGCAUUCAGGGCCCAAAUCUCCAAUGUCAGUUUUAGCGGAGUGUCCGGCUGGAUCAAAUUUACUGGGAGUGACCGCCAUUCAGACCUGCUCAUCCAGCAGGUUUUUGUGAAUGAGACAGUAGAUAUGGGCCUGUACAUUGUUGGUGAUGGCACCAAGAAGCCCACACUCAAGAUUGAUAAAUUCAAAAAUAGAUGGUACUCUCCUGCAACUGAGACAAAAGAUAGCUUAGGCAACACUUUUGAAGAGUGCUUGAUUGAAAACUUUCGAGCACAGUUGGGUGUGACCUGCACCAUAGCCAAUGUGAUUGUCACAGUUUUUGUAUUCUUUGGUUUUGUUAUCAUUGCCAUUAUUGUACCUAUCAUAAUGAAGUACAGGUGUGAUGCUAAGAUGAAGAAGUUUAAAGCCACCCAUGAAAGAAUAAAAGAGCUGGGUCUACUCAAAGAUGAAUUCUCUCCCAUUCUCACAGUGGAUGACUGGGAAAUUCCACGCAAAGAUGUAGUCCUUAACAGAGUUCUAGGGGAGGGAGCUUUUGGAACUGUGAUGGGAGGUGAAAUGUACAAAGAAAGAGAAGGCUGGGUGGCUGUGGCUGUAAAAACAUUAAAACUGGAUCACAAGCUGGAAGAAAAGCUGGACUUUUUUCGGGAGGUAGAAAUGAUGAAGAGUUUCAAGCAUGAAAACAUUGUGCAACUCUGGGGAGUCUGCACACGCAAAGAGCCAAUGUACGCUGUUAUGGAAUUUUGUCUUCACGGUGACUUGAAGACCUACCUGUUGUCCAGACGAAAUUUGGUUGGUCAAGGUGUGAAAGAAGCAGAAGAUGUCAAGGCUGAGAACUUGACCCAGAUGGCUGUGGAUGUGGCCAAUGGGCUCAACUUCCUUCAUUCCCUCAAAUAUGUCCAUAGAGAUAUUGCCUGCCGGAAUUGUCUUGUUCAUGCCAAUAAAACUGUCAAAAUUAGUGACUUUGGAAUGACGAGACACAUUUCUAGUACUGAUUAUUAUCGUUUCAGCCGUAAAGCUAUGUUACCCGUACGUUGGACGGCACCCGAGGCAUUAAAAGAUGGCAUUUAUUCUUCCAAGUCAGACAUCUGGUCCUUUGGUGUCUUGGUGUUUGAAAUUGUCACCUUUGGUAGUUUCCCUUACCAGGGUUUGUCCAACAAGGAAGUCUUGGACUACGUUGGCAGAGGGAGCCUGCUAAUGCUGCCUGACAAAUGUCCUGACAACCUUAAGUCUUUCAUCCGUUGGUGUAUGUCACCUGACCCAGGUUAUCGACCCGGCCUCGAGGACAUUCUCAGUUACCUAAACUUCAGCCCCGCCUUCCUGGCGCCCUGCCUGGACGCGCCCACCACCAGCAUUGUCCACGAGGACACCGACUCUCUAGAAAUGCAGGCCAACCCGCACAAAGCUCUAUCCACCAGCCAUAGCCUGUCCUCUUCUGUCCCUGCCUCCAGCGCCCUCUCAAACCACCGGCACUGGCCAGAGAAACUUAAAGACAAAAAGAAAACGUCUUCAGUCCCUGGAUUAAAUUUAGUUGGAAAGUCCGCCAAAUCAUUGCAGACGCGUUCCCCUGUAUCAUCUGCAAGAUCCCUGUCCAUGUACUCAGGGAUAAUGAACAGCAGCAGUGUGUGUGGUCUCAACUCCUGCAGUGUUGCGGGGCUGACGUGGGGUAAUGAGGAGGAGAAGGAGGAUGAGGCUGCUGGGGAGACUUCAGUGCAGGGCGGUGCACCAAAACAUAAACAAAGGGAGGCCACUCUUGAGAACAAUAGGGUUAGUGUUAGCAUAGAGUACAGCUGUGAUAAAGGUGAAAGCAGCAGUGGCUACGUCAGUCAGACUUCUAGCAGUGAAUAUAAGCAAAUUUGUGAAACAGUUACCUCCCUUUAAUAAUAGUCUCAAAUAUUGGAGAUAAAAAAAACAUUAAUACAAAAAAAAAUCUUCAGAA